AAAUGCAGGGGUAGCAGCUCACGCCAUGUCCAAAUCCAAAUCCAAAUAGCGUCGCCACUUACAAGACUUUUUUGGGUGUGUCGCUCUCUAAGGAAUAUUCCGUGCCAGGCCACCGCUUCUUAAAAGCUUCUCUGACUCUGACUCGAUAGGCGGAGGAGGAGGCUACGCUUAUAAGGAGGAGAAGGAAGCAAGGAGGGAGGCAGCAAAGCACCAUGGAUUCCCUCUGGCACGCCUCCGUCAUUGUCCUGGUGCUCGUAUUCAUUGGAGGAUCCGAUGCCAACCCAGCCGCCCGUCGCCACGGUCAGCUGGAUGUAAACCACAAGAAGCAGCCACUACAGACAUCCAGACCUUACAACAUUGCCCACAGGGGUUCCAAUGGCGAAAUACCCGAAGAGACAGCUGCAGCAUAUUUGAGGGCUAUCGAGGAAGGUGCAGACUUCAUAGAGACUGAUAUACUUGCAUCAGAGGACGGUCAUCUGAUAUGUUUUCAUGAUGUAACACUGGAGAAAACGACCGACAUCGCCAGCCGUACCGAGUUCGCUGGCAGGAAGAGAACCUAUGAAGUCCAGGGAGUAAAUAUGACUGGGUGGUUUACUGUGGAUUUUACACUAAGAGAACUAAAAUCACUGAGGGUGAAACAGCGCUUCAGUUUCAGGGAUCAACAGUAUAAUGGGAAGUACAAUAUUCUUACAUUUGAUGAGUUUAUCUUGAUUGCACUUCAUGCUGACAGGGUGGUCGGAAUAUACCCAGAGAUCAAGAAUCCUAUUUUUAUCAACCAGCAAGUCAAGUGGUCAGGUGGCAAGAAGUUUGAGGACAAGUUUGUCGAGACGCUUCUCAAGUAUGGCUACAAAGGCAAAUAUAUGUCUGAAGAUUGGCUCAAGAAGCCGCUAUUCAUCCAAUCCUUUGCUCCAACUUCACUAAUUUACAUCUCAAACAUUACAAAUGCUCCAAAGCUACUUCUAAUAGACGACACCACAGUUCCAACUCAAGAUACCAACCAGUCAUACUAUGAGAUAACUUCGAACGGCUAUCUCGCGUUCAUAAGGAAGCAUGUAAUUGGGAUUGGGCCAUGGAAGGAUACAAUUGUCCCCCCAGAGAAUGACCAUUUAGGCCCUGCAACUGAUCUUGUGGCACGGGCACAUGCUCUGAAUCUUCAGGUGCAUCCAUACACAUUCAGAAAUGAGAACUCAUACCUGCACUUCAACUUCCAUCAAGACCCUUAUGCUGAAUAUGAGUACUGGCUCAGAGAGAUCGGAGUCGAUGCGCUGUUCACCGAUUUCACCGGCAGCUUGCACAAGUACCAGGAGUGGACAGCUCCACACCAAAACAAAGAAAAGAAGUGCAAAGGACCUCCUGCAUGAGAUCGCCAAGACGCUGAAGUUUGAUGCUCACUAAAGCUUAGGUUGCCAAACCCUUUGAGGAGCUAUUUCAUUGUUGCCGGUACCGAGAAAAUGGACUGGUUAAUACCAUUCUAUGUAAUUGCUUCCUACAAAUCACGGGAAGUGGCAACUGUAGAGCAUCAUGGAGUUCCAAAACACUUCAUUUAGUGAAAAAUUUCUUCCCAUUUUGGAGGGAUAUGCCAACGUUUUAAAAACUGGAUAAGUUGGCAUGCAGUCUGAACCGUUUUCCUGAGCAUAGGCGAGGAGGCGGCCGACUUAGGCGCUGUUCGGGAGUCCACCGGCUCCGUGAAAAUUAAGAAUCUCUGGAGUACCGUUUCGCUGGCUCCGCACUUU